AUGCCGACAACAGACUCCGUGCUCUACCUCGAACCCUCCCUCCAGAAACGAGCCAACAUGGGCCGCUUCAUGACCACGAUCCUUUCCUGCCUGCACAAUCUCCUCAUCCAGGUCCCGCAGAACGGCUACCAUAACAUCUCCCGCGUCGUGCAGCCCCAGAUUCGAAGCCUGUCCGAUAGUUUCGUGGCAUCGUCUUCUGUCCGCCCUGCUGCUGGCAUGAAGAAGGGAGACAUCGAGUUGGAGUCGAUGAAGCCGAAGCAGAUGGACGCGGCGCCACCAAGGACGGAGGGACAACAUCAGACCGUGCCGACUCGAUGA